GGCUGCGGCUGCGGCUUGGUGCACUCCUAUCUUCUGAGGGAAGGAGGCCGAGGCCUGGGCCGAGCCCGGAGCUGCAGCUCGCUGGAGCCUCCUGGAGCCUCCGCGCCGGCUCAGCCUGGGGGCCGGCUAGGGCCCGGUCCGCCGCCGCACCCAGGACCGAAGCUGCAUGCCCGAGGACCAGGCCCGCACAGCCAUGGAGGAGGCAUCUCCCUAUUCCUUACUUGAUAUCUGCUUGAGUUUCCUGACCACACACCUUGAGAAAUUCUGUUCAGCAAGACAAGAUGGAACAUUAUGUCUGCAGGAACCUGGAGUAUUUCCACAGGAGGUGGCUGAUCGACUGCUUCAGACCAUGGCAUUUCAUGGUCUACUGAACGAUGGAACUGUGGGUAUUUUUAGAGGCAACCAGAUGCGUUUAAAGCGAGCUUGCAUUCGCAAGGCAAAGAUCUCUGCUGUUGCUUUCCGGAAAGCCUUCUGCCACCACAAGUUAGUGGAACUUGAUGCCACAGGUGUGAAUGCUGACAUCACCAUUACAGACAUUAUCAGUGGGCUUGGCAGUAACAAAUGGAUCCAGCAAAAUCUUCAGUGCUUAGUGCUGAACUCAUUAACUCUCUCCCUUGAGGAUCCUUAUGAGCGGUGCUUCAGCCGUCUUUCUGGCCUUCGAGCUCUAAGCAUCACCAAUGUUCUCUUUUACAAUGAAGAUCUGGCUGAAGUUGCCUCAUUACCAAGAUUAGAGAGCCUGGAUAUUUCUAACACCUCAAUCACAGACAUCACUGCCCUCCUGGCCUGCAAAGACCGACUCAAGUCUUUAACCAUGCACCACUUGAAAUGUUUAAAAAUGACAACUACCCAGAUACUGGAUGUUGUUCGGGAACUAAAACAUCUGAAUCAUCUUGAUAUCUCAGAUGAUAAACAGUUUACAUCAGACAUAGCUCUUCGCUUACUAGAACAAAAGGAUAUCCUACCCAAUCUUGUCUCCCUGGAUGUUUCUGGGAGAAAGCAUGUGACAGAUAAAGCUGUUGAAGCCUUUAUACAACAACGGCCCAGCAUGCAGUUUGUAGGUUUGCUGGCCACUGAUGCUGGUUACUCUGAAUUUCUCACAGGCGAAGGGCCUUUGAAGGUGUCUGGAGAAGCCAAUGAAACUCAGAUUGCAGAAGCACUGAAGCGGUACAGCGAAAGGGCAUUUUUUGUCCGAGAAGCUCUAUUUCACCUUUUUAGCCUGACUCAUGUGAUGGAAAAAACAAAACCAGAAAUUUUAAAGCUUGUAGUUACUGGAAUGAGAAAUCACCCUAUGAAUUUGCCAGUGCAACUGGCUGCAAGCGCCUGUGUAUUUAAUUUAACCAAGCAGGAUCUUGCUGCAGGAAUGCCUGUUCGACUCCUGGCUGAUGUAACCCAUUUGCUGCUCAAAGCCAUGGAACAUUUUCCCAAUCACCAGCAGUUACAGAAGAAUUGCCUCCUUUCACUUUGCAGUGACCGGAUCCUUCAAGAUGUUCCAUUUAACAGGUUUGAAGCAGCCAAGCUUGUCAUGCAGUGGCUCUGCAACCACGAGGAUCAAAAUAUGCAAAGGAUGGCAGUUGCUAUCAUUUCCAUCCUAGCUGCCAAGCUUUCUACAGAACAAACUGCACAGCUUGGUGCUGAGCUCUUCAUUGUCAGGCAACUUCUUCAAAUAGUGAAGCAGAAAACCAACCAAAAUUCAGUGGAUACUACAUUGAAGUUUACUUUGAGUGCACUUUGGAACCUCACAGAUGAAUCCCCAACCACUUGCAGACACUUUAUUGAAAACCAAGGCUUAGAACUCUUCAUGAGAGUUCUGGAGUCUUUCCCAACUGAGUCAUCCAUUCAACAGAAAGUUCUAGGACUUUUGAACAAUAUAGCUGAAGUUCAAGAAUUGCAUUCUGAAUUAAUGUGGAAAGAUUUUAUAGACCACAUCAGUAGUCUCCUACACAGUGUUGAAGUGGAAGUCAGUUACUUUGCAGCUGGAAUUAUUGCACAUUUAAUAUCAAGAGGAGAACAAGCUUGGACAUUAAGCCGUAGCCAGAGGAAUUCUCUUCUUGAUGACCUGCAUUCAGCUAUUUUGAAAUGGCCAACUCCAGAGUGUGAAAUGGUAGCAUACAGAUCCUUUAAUCCAUUUUUCCCACUACUUGGCUGCUUCACAACACCAGGAGUCCAACUGUGGGCUGUUUGGGCCAUGCAACAUGUCUGCAGCAAGAAUCCUUCAAGGUAUUGCAGCAUGCUGAUUGAAGAAGGAGGGCUGCAGCAUUUAUACAGCAUCAAAGAACAUGAACAGACUGAUCCCCAUGUUCAACAGAUUGCUGUGGCCAUUCUGGACAGCUUAGAAAAACACAUUGUGCGCCAUGGAAGGCCACCUCCCUGUAAAAAGCAGCCUCAGGCUAGACUAAAUUAAUAUCCAUAGAUUAUUGGAUCACUGAACCACAGGAAUUUGUGAUUGGUUCAUUUGGAAUAUCUUACCCUCUGUGGUGUUUUGGGGGGGUUCUGUGACAAGAUUCAUAAGAUCAGUUUGGGAUUGAUAAUGUACACUACUGCCCAUGUGAACAGUCUCUAAUUUGUCUUGUGAUUUUUAACUAAUGAGGCAAGAAAGGUCUCUUCCUUCAUCAUUGCCUUUUAGGAAAUUUUCCACAUCUUUCAGUGUUUGAAUUUACCUGUGCUUGAGAUUCUAAAGUUUUAUGAUAAAGUUUGCACGAACCCUUAGGCCAGAUUCUUCUGAUCUCAGCAUCCCUUCCAAUCAACUUGCAGCUUCCCAUGAGCUGUUAACUUGAUUUCUGGCACUGCUUCACUUGUAAAUUUUAUACUGCUUCUGUACAAAAUGCCUUUAUUCUCUGUGUAUCUUUUACAAGAUGUCCUUCUUAGUAUGAAAGAAUGGAAAUCUAAGUUGUCUCCUUGUGGAAGUUACUCACUGUAACCUGGAUGGCUAACAGAAAAAUAUUUUUAGAGGGCUGGGGAUGUAUCUCAGUGGUAGAGCGCUUGCCCAGCAUGUGUAAGGCCCUGUGUUCAAUUCCUAGUACUACAAAGACAAAGAGAAAGAAAAAGAAAAGAAGAAGAAGAAAAGAAAGAAAAAUAUAUUAGGAAGAAAAACUACUAAAGAAGAAUAGAGGUUAGGAAUUGGGAAUUGCUUUCAUGGUAUAGUUUUUUAAAUGGGCCAGGCUAUCCUUCUGGAGACCAUCUGUCUUGAGACAGUGAGCAGAAGCUGGUUUUCUGUAUUUAUGGCUGGAAGUAUGGACUGCUACUUCCUGUACAGACUGCAGGUUACUCUCAACAAAUAUUUCCCCAAAUUAUCUCAGUAUAAAAUAUUAUAGCAUUCUGUAUUUAAGCCUGUAUAAUUCUCCAUUAUGUCAUAAUGUUGUGAAAAUGUGAAUUUUUUACAAAUUGUCUCUGGUUCAAACUAGCCAUUCUUUCCCCUCUAUUUCAAAGUCAUUUUUGUUCAGUGGAAUAGUGACUACUUGUGGUAUUGGCUUACUCAGUUAAAAUACAAUUGACAACAGUAAAUUUUGCCACAAAAAGUUUAAUUUGGGCUGGGCGUAUAACUCAGUGGUAGAGUGGUAUUUAGUUUGUGCAAGGCCCUGGGUUUAAUGCCCCCCAAAAGGUUAAAUUUUCUUUUGUUCAUAUAUAUGUCUUCUUAAUGUGUUCAUGUUGGAGAAAAAUGUCCAUAUCUCACUGCCAAAAAUGCAAGAGAAGAAUUAGUUAUUGUUAAAUGUUUAGAUACAAUGAUUAUAGUUGCUGUGGAGAAAAGGAAAUAUUUUUGAUGGAUUAUUUUUUAGACAGUUGCCUUUUCCUUAAGAUAGUUGACCCAGUAUAGUAAAGAAUCAAUUAUCAUUUUAUCAAUAAUUGCACUUGGGAGGCAGCAAGUUGCCUGGAAAUGUAAAUUCCAUUUAAAUUUUCACUUUGAGAUAAGGUUCUUCUGUAAUCUCAGAUUACUACUUUUUUUUUCAUAGAUGGACAAAAUGUUUUCAGUAGAGAUUUUAAAUGGGAUGUUUAAAUUGCAGUAUUUUUUUCCAAAGGUAUUUUAGCUUAGAAAGAAGCUGGUUUGAUAAUAUGCUGGUAACAUUUUUGACACACAUAUUUGACCCACUAUCACAAUAAUCAGCUUUGAAUUUUUUCAAGUUCCUUCAUGGGAAUGAAAACUGACUUAUAUUAAAAGAAAACAAAUAUUUAGAACCACUAAAAGCACAUUAACUUGUGUUUUAAUUCUAACUUAAUUGGCUUAAAGGAAUUUUUUUAGGUAUAAAGUGAAUUUUUAAAGUUUUCUUUCCUUUUUUCUCCUCCUCAUUCUCAUUUUUAUUAUUUUUUAUUUUAUACUGGGAUUGAACCCAUGGAUGUUUUUACCACUGAGGUACAUCCCAGCUCUUUUUGUUUUUCACUUUUGAGACAGGAUCUUGCUAAUAAGUUGCUUAGGGCCUCUCUUAAAGUCCUGAGAAUGGCCUGGACCUUGGGCCAAGGGAUCCUACUGCCUCAGCUUCCCCAGUCACCAGAAUUACAGGCAUGCAUCUCCAUACUUUGUCUCCCUUUUUUCUCAGUGUCUAAGGCAAAAUUUAGAAAAUAGGAUGGCCUGCAAUAACUUGAAAGUUGCUAGCUCUGUUGACCAUUUUCAGGUCUGUUUUGUGUACUGAAGGGAAAUCCUGUCUGAGAAAUUUGUCUUCAAAUUUGUUUUACACUGUUCAAGGCAACUGUGUAUGUUCCCUGUUAGACUAUUGAUAGGUUUUUAUCUUUACAAAUUGUUUUCAGAAAUGGCUAAAAAUGUACAGAAAACAGUAAAUCCCUUCUUUAUUCAGAAUAAAUAUGAAGACUCAAAAAAUAUUUAAAGUUAAAUUUACUAUUUUAGUAGUAGCCAGAUCUGAGUCUUAAAAGCAAAACAAGCACAUCUCAAAUAUAUAAAAAUUUUGGUGCCUUUCUGGUUGGGAUGGUUCUUAAAAUUUUGUAUAUAAUUAAGGCAUAGAAUUAACUGUAAGAUCUUGAAUCUGGUUGAAAUAUAAUGGAUGUAUAUAUUGAAAUUAUGAGGUAUAACUGGAGUCUCUACAGUUAGUGUCUAUGAGGCUUCUUUUUUGUAGCUGUAGACUAGAAUGUACCAGUACUUGGUACCUUCAAAGGUUACCUUUUGGUGACGUAGAGGUGCUGUUUCAAGCACAGCUUAGACUAGAGUUAAACCACUCAAAUCACUGGUGUGCUCAGAUAUUAUUAUACAUCAGUAGAUCAGUUUAGGAGCAACAGCAAGGUUUGGAUCUACUAAAGGAAAUGGAAUUAGACCUUUUAGAUUAUAAUGGUAUGUGUGGGUAUCAUUGAGUAAGACAAGAAAGAAGUAGAACAAAUUUUAUUAGGGAUCUUAUUCUUUGUAUCAAGUUGUGCUAUAGUCUUUAUAUUCUAAAAAGCAUUUCUUUUGGGUUGAGGGCAUAGCUCAGGUCAGUAGUUGAACAUGUGCUUGGCAUGUACAAGGCCUGGGGUUCAAACCCAAGCACCAAAAAGAAAAGAGUAUUAGUUUUUUUUGUUUUUUUUUUUCUUUUUGUAGUUAAAAAAGAAGCAUAAAUCAAGUACUAAUGGGGGUUAGUUUAUUCUUCAACCAUACAUGCAAUGGCUACUGAUCUAGGUUGAGGAUUUUUAUAAAGCAUAUCAGACCCAUAAUUCCUGGAGUUGACCAUAAAUAUUGCUGCUUGUCAUCCCUGGGUGGAUAUGCCAUUACUAGAAGGGGAUUUCCCUAGGUGGGGGUAAAUAAGGUUGUUAUGGGAAUUUGCUUUCCUGAUCUCUUUUAUUUUCAAACUUCUGAAGAAUCAAAGAUUCAUAUUUUAAACUAUUAAUCCUAUUUGUCUAGUUUAGAAAGUUGCUCUUACAAAUGAGUCCUUUUACAUUGACCUGUUUUUCUCCUAGUCAUUUUAGUUUCGCUGUGUUUUUAAUUAUGCUAUUUAUCAAAGUAGCACCGGGCCAUCUUCCAUCCUCUUUGAGCAAAUCUUAAUGAAAACAUUUUAUGCACCAAAUUGGGGUAAAUUAAUGAACCAAAAGUUUGGCUUAGUGUUUUUAUUUAUUUUUUGUUUUGUUUCAUUGGGCUUAGUGUUUUAAAAUGCAUUACCCCCCCCCAAAAAAAAAAAAAAAAAAACACUGUGUAGCGGUGCUCAAGGAACAGAGGUAGGAGAAAUGUACUGUUUUAUAUAUUUAAAAAUGCACCCCACUCCUGCCCUCUCAUGUAUGUUUACAUAUUUGGUUUUUGUACAACAUUAAAAGGGGUAUAAACAGUAUUAUUUAAUUUUUUUUUUUAAGAGAGAGUGAGAAAGAGGGAGAGAGAGAGAAUUUUUUUUUAAUAUUUAUUUUUUAGUAUUUGGCGGACACAUCUUUGUCUGUAUGUGGUGCUGAGGAUCGAACCCUGGCCGCACGCACGCCAGGUGAGCGCGCUACCGCUUGAGCCACAUCCCCAGCCCCAGUAUUAUUUAAUUGAAGGCAUAAGUUAAAGACAGAGUCAUAUUGUCAGCUGAUGUGGGCUUUUUCAGUUUUAUCUGUUGUUAUUUAUUGGGGGACUUUGUACAGUUAGGGCUUCAAAAUUGCUCUGAGACAGCUUUCAGAUAUGUUUGCAAACUUUUGGUUUCCCUCUUAAAUCCACUGUAGCAGUUUUGAAUGAUUUUGUGAAUAAGGGAUGUUAGUCUUUACCAUUUGCUGAGUGUUCACAUUUUUAAUUUUCAGUGUUAACUGUUUGUUUUAGGAAUAAUGUAAAAUCAACGUUUGGUGAUGAGAGUAGUAGUAUGAUAGGAAAAUGCUGAUUGGGCUUUAAAUGAGUGAUUGCUUUUUUUACUUAGUGUUUCAUAGACUUUGCAUGACAUGGUAUACUCCUAAUUAUGCAUUCUUUCAUUUCCAAAUCAGUCUUAACCCAAGAUACUUUUAUGUUAACUGACUAGUGGCCUAAAAAAGAACUUAUUCUGCUUGUUUGUCCUCUGCCCCACUCUUUUUUGGUAAGUUAUGCAAAGAUUAAUGCUGUUUCUUAUUACUCUGAAUGGAAUAAGAGCUCUCUUGGACAGCAUAGCCUAACUUUAAAGCCAGACAGGAAACUAUUGUGAUGGUAGCAUACACCUGUGAUCCCAGCUACUCUGAAGGUGAAACAGGAGGGUCAUAAGUUCAAGGUCAACAUCAGCAAUUUAGCAAGAUCCUGUCUCAAAGUGAAAAAUAAUGGGGAGGUAGCCCCGUGGUAAAGAAACCGUGAAUUCAAUUCCCCAUGCUGUGGGGAAAAGAUUCAGAGCUGGGCAUGGUGUACACUUUCAUAAUCCCAGCUAUUCUGGAAGCUGAGGUGGGAGAAUUAGCUUGAGCCUAGGAAUUGGAGGCCAGCCUGGGCAACAUAGUGAGACCCUGUGUCAAAAAAAAUUUUUUUUUCCCAACAAUUCAAAAUUAUGGAAAGUCAGAAAUCUAGUUCAUUAAUAGUAUGUGAUUAAUUUUGGCGUUACUAUGGGUAAAAUUGGGUUCUUGUGUAUUUAUUUAAUCAGCUUUUGAAGCAAGUAACCACUUAACUAGUGAAAGCUGAGACACUUUAUUGAGAGCAUUUUUCCCUCUAAAAAUAAGAGACUGUGAAGAUCAAUACUCAGAUAAUCUGCAACAAUACAAGUUUUUUAAAUACUUGAUUUAUAUAGGAUUCCCUUUAUCAAAUCCUCACUGACUUGUAUGAGAAAAGCUAUCUUUUGCUUGAAUUCUGAUGAAAUAAUUUAGCUCCUUUCAAAGGAUAUGAAAAAUUGAUUGGAAUGUGUAAUAUGUGUACAUUUUAAAGACUCAAUUAUCUGGAUUGGAGGCAUUGUUUUCAUUAUGGCCAGAUGAAUGGGAAUAUUCUGUACAUGAAUCAUGCUAUAUUUUAAAUCAGGACAUCACUUAAGUAUUAAUGUGUGUACAGAUUUUUGUUUUGGAUUUUUUUUGCCUAAAUAAAUGUUAUAAAUUUUA